AAAGAAAAUAAAUAAAAGGAUAAAGAGUGAUGGAUAUUUUACCGGUGAAUUUUAAAAUUUUUACAUUUUGUGGAAUUUGGAGAGAAAACAACGAACAUAUGGAUAUUUUUAUGCGUUUGAUCAAAUUUUUACAUGGAUCGCUGAUAAUAACGAUAAUAUUUUACUUCACAUUAACCGAAUUAAUAGAAAUAAUCGUUUCCCGUAAUAAUCUCGAGGACAUGACUGAAACACUUUUCAUGGCAUUGACGUUUCUCGCAUUGUGUUUCAAAUUGCUUAAUAUUUUAUUUAGGAAGAAAAAAUUAAUCAUUUUAUUGAAUUUAUUACGUGAACAAAUAUGUCGUCCGAGGAAUUUAACGGAAGAAAAAAUUUUGGAAAACUAUAGUCGAAGGGCUAAAUGGUGUACCCUUAGUUUCAUGGCUUUGUCUGAAACAACAGCAGUGGCAUUUGUACUUGCUCCUAUCAUGGAAUUACAUCGUUCGAACAGAGUUUUACCAUACAAUACUUAUUUGCCGUAUUCCAUUGAAGAAUUACACGCCUAUUUGGUAACAUAUUUGAUUCAUACUAUAUCUAUUAUUUAUGGAGCACUACUAAACGUAUCCUUCGAUUCUCUCGUAUACGGUUUGACCCUUCACGUUUGCGGACAAAUUGCUAUUUUAAGCGAACGUUGCACGCAAACUCUUAGGGAAGGUAAUUCGAAUGGAAUAAAAGCGUUCGUUAGACAUCACGUGUUUAUUCAUGGACUCGUUAAGAGAAUAGAAUCAUUAUUUAUUUGGACGAUAGCUGUUUUAUUCCUUUUCAGUUUGAUCACUCUUUGUACCACCAUCUUUCAAAUGUCAAAGAAAAAUCCUUUGACGGUAGAAUUUUUAUCAUUCGUAUUGUACACCGGUUCUAUGAUGUUUCAAAUAUUUUGUUAUUGUUGGUACGGCAAUGAGCUUCGAUUAAAGAGCAAAGGAAUUUCUGAUGCUAUUUAUAAUAGCAAGUGGGUUAUGUUAACACCGAAUAAUCGUCGAAAUUUACAAUUAUUAAUAAGAAUCAGUCAAAAAGAAUUGACUCUUACAUAUCAUCGAAUAUUUUCUCUUAAUCUUGACGCUUUUACAUGGAUACUGAAAACAUCUUAUUCAUCGUUUAAUAUUCUUCAAAGCAUGUCGUAUUAAUGAGUCCUUUAUUUAUAAUCGUUUAUUUAAAAUUAUUUAUUUAGUGUUACAUUUAUAAAAAACA